UUUAAUGAUAUGACUUUUAUUCAUCCAUCAUUCCCACUUGUUAAGUAACCGUUGCAUGCUUGCUUAGUUUCAUCAAGGAAAAGAAACAUUUAGCUCAAUUUAGCAGCGGAGAAAAGGUGAUUUAGAUCGACGGAAAUUGCAGUGGAUAGCAAUGAGCUGCACCGGUUUGUCUCGCUACAUUUAUUCUUCCAUAACCAGCAUGUUUAUUCCUUUGCAAAAUAGAAAUUCAUAGCCCUUCGUGAAUAGGCGUAAUUUUGCGCAAAGUUGAAGUUGCUUGAACGAUAUAUGGCCUAAGCUUUCUUUUAAAGUUAAAAGAAACAAUUCUCAAUGUAAAUUAAGGAUUUACUUAUGGUCUGUGAAGGUCUUGCGAAACUGCUCUAACGUGACAAGCAGCACAGAGCGGAAGCGGCAACCUUGGUGCCACCCCAAUGUAUGUGCCGCUGUGAAGGGUAUGGUUUUCAAGCAGUGUAGUCUGGCAUAGGAUAUAGAAAUCAGAUAGUUUUGGUUGAGAAUAGGGUAUAAUUUACCGGAAAAGUGGCCGGUGUUGUAAUAAUUUAGUCCAGAACAGGGUUUACUAUAGUAGAAAAUGAAUUCGGAGGUGACUUUGUAAAGAUUUUGGUUUAGUCUGUUGGACUGUCAGGUUUUCUGUGAUAAGGUUUUUGCAUUGAAAGUAGCUAGUCUGCAGCUUGUGUUCUACAAUCAAUGCAAAUCGCUGGUUUCAGCCGGCGACGAGUAUUUUUUCGCUUACUUAACCUAUUUGACCUGGGUUAAGAUGACAGGACAGUGAAAAACAACACGAUAUUCGUGCUCAAUAUAACGCACACUUUGGAAAUGCAGGCUAUUUAAAGCGGCCUUCACACGGCAAACUAAAGUUGGCAAACUCAUGUUGGUAAACUCAAGUUGGUGUGUGUGAACGGCACAAAAACAGUCGGCAAACACGUUGGCAAACUGUUGGCGACAAAUAGAACUUGUCUCUAUUCUCGCCAACUUUUUCACCAACUUUUUCGUGUUGGUUAACUCGUAUCUGACGUGUGAACGAUUGGCAAACAUGUGUUGUUGACUGUCAACCACCAAAACACGCGCUCUGUUCACGUGAUUUAUUUGGGUGACAUUUCACAAAAUGGUGGACGCAAGUCAAGAUGAACGUGAGGCCGCUUUUAAAUUUAUCGGAGAGGUUUACAAUUGUCCGCCUGUGUGGGACGUUUUAUCUGUAGCGUACAAAAAUACUAAAUACAAACAAAAGAAAAUGGAGGAGCUAGCGGACAAACAGGGUUUCGUCCAAACUUUUCUAUUUCUCCACCUCUUUCUGUUUCUUCUCUUCUCUUCUUCUGUUUCACUGUUCUAAGACUGCACUAAGUCGGCCAUGUUGCAAAUUACUUUGUAUUGUGAUUUGACGCGAGAUUGACGCGCGAAGGUACGAGUUUGCCAACUUAUUGAAGUUUGUCAAUACGAGUUUGCCAACUUAAGUUUGCUGUGUGAAGGCCGCUAAAUAAAAUGAUAGUUAUAUGAAUACAAUAUCAAAGGUAACAUAAACUAAUCAAUAUAUUAAUUGAUUAAUUUAUUAAGGAGUAAUAAUAUUGCACUGAAUGGGGGAAAGGAAAAGACGUAUUUUUCAAUAUCUCGGCAUAAAAACGUAAAAGCCAACCGGCCUAGUGAUAGUUCUUUCAACAAUCUUACCGGGUCUAAGUGACAUUACAUUUACGACUCAUUCUUUACGACAACUAGGUUUAAAUAUCACAGGAAUCACCUGUUUUCCGGCGAGUUUGGGUUUUUAUCAGAGUUUUAUUUUUCAGAUUGGGAAAUUUAUAUAAUGUGCCCCAGACACAAGAAAACGGCUGGAGUCCUUGAUAGUCCCGUCAUCUUGUACAUUUCCUUGGCUCUUUUCGGGAAUAAUUUUAUUCAAACGGAGGCUUCUUCGAGCUGUAUACAGGCAGAGCCUCCAGUAAGCGAUUCGGCGAAGAAUGGUGCUUGUAUAUUUUACAACUACACUGUCAGAGACGGUCUUUGCAAGAAUGUCAUCACAAGUUUGUACGUCUUUGGUGACAAUGAUACUCUGGCGCAUGGCGAAAAGCAAACCAUGAGAUUUCAACGCUUCUUUAAUAUGACAAUCGCUAAAAUAUCCGAGAAGUGCAAGCCCAUUAUGAUAGACUUAUUUUGUCGCUAUCAUUUCCCGCCAUGCGAUACUUCACUAGACAAGCCUCACGCUCGCCGGAUCUGUCGCAAGACAUGCGAAUAUAUGGACCAAGAUUUGUGUAAGGAAGAGAUGGUUCAUGUCAGACAGGCAGCAGAAGCAGCUCCAGUAGUGGACAAAGACAUGAUAAAUUGCUCGUUGUAUGGCAUUGCAAAUGGAGGNGUAGAACCCGCGCUAAAAAUUACUUAUCCACGAAGCUAA